AUGUUGUCCAUGAAGUCUUGGAGCAUAUUAUCUUUCAUGCAAUUGCAACCUAAAAAUGUGUAUUUUCCUUAUAAAAUCCUUCUAGUUCCAGUUCCUAGUGUUUACUUAAAUGUCAUUAUCUCAGAUCUCUUAAGCGUGUGGUUUGAUGUUGUGAUCUGCCUUGUACAGGGUCUGCUCACCCUCUGUGGGAUGCAUGAUUCGGAAGCCAAGCCAGUCUUGCUGUGCUCUUGUAAUGACAACUCUGUCCGGGUCUAUGACUUGCCAUCGUUUUCCGAGAGGGGCAAGAUAUUUUCAAAACAGGAGGUUCGAUCCAUUCAGCUAGGCCCAGGUGGUCUGUUUUUCACUGGCGAUGGGACUGGUGAAGUGAGAGUUUGGAAAUGGUCAACUGAGCAAACUGCAACCUCCUCAUGA